AGGAGGAGCUUUCGUCUACUUAAAGUUGCACGCCGUGGCUUUGACACCCAUUGUUCUUUCAGCCUACAACAAUGGCUCAAAGCCGUCUCCAGUGACAAGCUAAGUUCCGGAUAGUCUGGCUGCCCACUGACUCCACCGGAGCGUGUAGAGAGCCAACGGCUGCAGAGCUCACGCCUCUCCGGCUUCUUCGGACGGCGUUUGCUUUGUUUCAGCCCCAGUUCCAGGCGCGGCGGGACCACAAAGCGAGAGGCUAGAGAGGCCGCUGCGAGCAGCCGCUCUGGCUCCGCCUUCGCUCUCUAUGGUUGGGAGCCCGCGCCCCGCCUUCUCCCGGAACGAGCGCUCUUUCUUGACGCGCGCGCAGGCCCAGGAGUGAGUUCCGUUUCCUGCCUGGUGUGCUGGGUGUUCAGCAGUCGCGGUUGGUGGGCUGCAACUGAGCCAAGAUGUUGCGGAAUUUGCUUGCUCUUCGUCAGAUCGCCCGGAGGACCAUCAGCACCACUUCACGAAGGCAUUUUGAAAACAAAGUUCCAGAGAAACAAAAGCUGUUUCAGGAGGAUAAUGGAAUCCCAGUGCAUCUGAAGGGCGGGCCUUCUGACGCCAUCCUCUACAGAUUCACAAUGUUUCUGACAGUCGGUGGAACAGCUUAUGCCAUCUAUGAGUUAGCUAUGGCUGCAUUUCCCAAGAAGCAGAACUGACUUCAUCCCAGUCUCAUAUGGUUCAGUUCUAUCCAGUGCUUGAUGGACCAGGCCUCUGAUGAGUAACUGAGCUCUUGGGGAUCAAUAUUUAUUGAUGUGUACUAACUGCCACCAAUAAACAGUCUUUACCAUG